GCCCAAAAACACAAACAGCAGAAUAAAGUAUUCAUUUUGUCCCCAAAACUACCAGUUUUUCAAGAAAAAAACCCAUAUAUUUCACUCCGCCCCCCUUCUACCUGGUAGUUCUGCCCUGAGAGACCGUCCAUGGCGAUCUCGCCACGCCCGGCGGCUGUGGUUGAGACGGUGGAGGAAAUCAUGAGAACAUAUAGGUCUUUGCCGGCGCGGCCAACCAUCGAGGAAGUUGAGGCGGCGACGGCAAUACUAACGAGCUCUAACUGCGAGGAGGAAGCCAAGAUCGAUGAGUUAAGCCGAAAAAGUAAGCCCAACGGCGUCCCCGAUGAGCUCUUCUUUGUUCUGCAGGAGGUCAAACGCAACACCGUCCAACUCCUGGCUCUUGAGCAGCGCCGCGAUGCCCUUCGCGUGCUCGACCUGGAUCGGCGCUUUAGGGUGCUCGAUGAGCUCAUACAGAGGGCAUCCAAGUUAGUUUCCGACGAAUAUGGAGAUGACAGGGAGGAUAAUCCAAAGCCUAUUGUUGGUUUGAGCGUUCCUCUGCCGAUGAUUGAUCGGAGCUUGGUGACGAAGGAAAAGGAAGUGAAAGCGGGUUCUGAUUUGCCCAAGGAAUUGGGCCGUGAUUCUUCUUUGAAAUCUGAGAUUCCUUCAGGCAAAGACACGGAGAAAUUAAGUCUCAUAAUGGUUGCAAGCUUGAUUGAGACUUUGGCCAAAAAGGGUGCUGGAGUUCUUGAUCUUCAAGGUAAGCUGAUGGAUCAAAUUGAGUGGUUACCGACUUCACUUGGAAAGUUACAAGAUGUUACUGAACUAAAUUUGUCGGAGAAUCGAAUCAUGGCUAUCCCACCUACUAUUGGCAGCCUACGUUUCUUAACAAAGCUUGAUAUCCAUUCCAACCAGCUGACAAAUCUGCCGGACUCCAUUGGAGAACUUUCAAGUCUUGUGGAACUCGACCUUCAUGGGAACAAAUUAAUUUCUCUCCCUAUUUCGUUCGGAAACCUCACUAACCUAGCAAAUCUUGACCUGAGUUGCAAUCAGUUAUCAAUGCUUCCUGAUACAUUUGGGAAACUAACUAAUCUGAGAAGAUUAAUCCUUGAAACAAAUGAACUUGAAGAACUCCCCUACACUAUUGGAUCUUGGAUUUGUCUGGUUGAGCUCAGGUUAGAUUUCAAUCACCUCAAAGCACUCCCUGAAGCCAUUGGCAAGCUUGAAAACCUAGAAAUUUUGACAUUGCACUACAACCGAAUCAAAAGUCUGCCUACCACAAUGGCUUCACUUAACAAGCUGAAGGAGCUUGAUGCUAGCUUUAAUGAGCUGGAAUCAGUCCCUGAAAGCCUUUGCUUUGCUAUCAACCUUGUGAAGCUUGAUGUUGGGAGAAAUUUCGCAGAUCUCAGAUCUCUACCGAGAUCGAUUGGAAAUCUUGAGAAUCUUGAAGAGUUGGAUAUAAGCAGCAAUCAGAUAAGGGUAUUACCCGACUCCUUCAGAUUUCUUUCAAAGCUGAGAGUGCUUCUUGCAGAUGAGACUCCAUUAGAAGUGCCACCAAGAGAAAUUGUUAAACUGGGAGCCCAAGCAGUUGUUCAGUACAUGGCUGAUUUAGUUGCAGCAAGACAAGCCAGCCCCAGGCCUGCUCAGAAAAAGAGCUUAUGGUCAUGGAUUUGUUCCAUGAUUUUCUGUCGUCCGAAGAACAAGAUAUCCAUUACGAAAUCUUGAAAUGUCGCAGUGGUUGUAAAUAAGCUUGCUUUCAAAAUUUUCCUGCUUGCCUCAUAUGCCUACUGUUAUGGCAUCUGUCAUUGUAACUUAAUUUCAUCAGGGGUGUUGUGUUAUCGUUUGUAAAAUGAAGAACCAGUAUUUUUUUCAUUGUUUUAUGAGCAAAAAACUUUAUCUUUAUGAUAUUAUUGUAGAUUUCUAGGUUUCUAUUUUGU